AUGAGCGACGGUGAGAACGCAGCGAGCUCUUUGGAAGCUAAGAAUGUCAACUUAGUUACAGAAAAAGUCGUUUCUCGGGAUAGUAGUGACGAGGACGGCAUCAUCAUUUACAAACCCACAGAUGUGGAUCAAUUAGCCGAACCUUUGAAAUUUGACACUUCCUUGACUUUCAAGUUCAAAAGCUUCUUCAAGGGUAGGACUCAUGAUGACGACAAGAUCGCCACCAGGCUAUCACUCUUCGAGAAUCCUGAUUUUGAAAUUGCUAAGAAGUACUAUCCUAAGAAGAAGUAUGAGAACUACCACGCUUUCGACCCUUACCUGAGAUGGACUUUCAAGGAGGACAGACAGUUGACCAGGAAGAUCGAUUUUAGGAUCUUUACAAUGGUCUGUGUCCUAUUUUUUGCCUUGAAUCUUGACAGAGGAAACCUGAGUUCUGCAGUUGCCGGAGGACUAUUGGAUGAUAUUGGUCUCAGCACUGAUGAUUAUAACAACGGAAACACACUGCGGUCUGUUGGAUUCAUUAUCUCUGAAAUUCCUUCCCAAAUGCUUGGUAAGAAGUUUGGCCCUGAUUGGUGGAUUCCAAUCCAGGUGUCAAUCUGGAGUCUUAUUGCUCUUUUCCAAUUCUUCAUGAAUAACACCAAGUCGUACUUGGCACUGCGCUUUUUAUUAGGAGUUGCCCAAGGAGGUUUCAUUGCAGAUGCUGUUCAGUACCUGUCAUACUUCUAUACCAGAGAGGAAAUCAGUUUCCGUUUGUCGCUAUUCUGGCUCACUGAUUCCUGCUCGGGAAUUAUCAGCAAUCUGUUGGCUAUUGCCUUUUUGAAGGUUAACCUUCACGGAAAAGAAGGAUGGCGUUGGUUGUUUUUGUUUGAUGGUUUGAUCACAUUGGCUAUUGGAAUUACCUCGUUUUUCUUCAUGGUCCCUGGCCCUACUCAAACUAAGACUAGAUGGAACAAAAAAGGAGUCUUCACCGAAAGGGAAGAGAAGAUUAUCACUAAUAGGCUUCUUCGUGAUGACCCCUCGAAGUCGGAUAUGCACAACAGAGAAGGUAUCAGUUUCAAACAAUUCUUGAAAACUCUGUCUGAUUUUGAUCUUUGGCCAGUGCUCAUCAUGUCCUUUGUUUUUGAGAUUCCUCAAAAUCCAAUCAAAGCUUACCUGAACAUCAACUUGAAAAAACUGAAAUUCUCAAGGAAUACUAUCAUUUACUUGAACAUCCCUAUAGAGGUCAUGACCAGUAUCACCAUUGUGCUGAUUACGUUGUUGUCUGAGCUUUUCAAUGAAAGAUCCCUUGUUUCUUCUUUACAACAAGUUUGGAUUUUGAUUGUUGUUGCUGUUGAGUAUGCUAGAGUGAAUACAUUGAGUCCAUGGGCUCAAUAUGCCAUCAUGUUUUUCGCUAUUGGAAAUCCGUCGGCUCAAGCUAUCAUUGUGUCCUGGUGUUCCAGAUUGUCCUACUCUGUGAGAGCAAGAGCUAUCUCCUCGCCCAUGUCUAAUAUUGGUAUUCAGCUUGCUGGUAUUGCAGGAAGUUACAUAUACCGCAGUGACGAUGCGCCCCACUACCACCGUGGAAACCGUGUUAUCAUUGGUAUAUGUGUCAUGAAUAUCGCUCUUUAUGUUUUUACAAAGCUCUACUAUAUUUGGAGAAACAAGACCAAGACCCAGAAAUGGCAGGCUUUAUCAGAUGAACAGAAGGAAGAUUACUUGUCCAAACAUGAGAAUGAUGGUAACAAGAGACUGGAUUAUUUGUUCGAGCAUUGA